GCUGAGCUGAUCUGAUCUGCCUCAUUCUCUAGUUAUGAGCUGUGGUGAUGAUGUGGUUCCUCCUUCUCCUCUACAUAGCGCACAUUGAGCCGGUGAUCUUAAAAGUUGAGAACAGGCUGAUUCUAAGGAAUGGAAACAACCCGUGUGAAGGCCACAUUGAAAUCUAUCAUGGUGGCGAAUCGGGCUACCUUGGAGAUAAACACUGGAGCAGGAACACUGAGGAAGUGGUGUGCAGGAGCACGCACUGUGGAAAACCUGUGGAGAACUCAGCACGUGCUGUGCUACGGCCCAUUGAUAGCAAAGUCUGGCUCAAUGAAGUAAAGUGCGAAGGAAGCGAGAGUCAUCUGUGGGACUGUGAUUUUCCUGGUUGGGGGAUCAGCGCUUACCAAAAGGAUACCGUGAAAAAGAUUAAAUGUACAAAUACAAUCGAAAUAAACCUGGAUGGAUUUAGUUGUGCGGGAGCUGUCCGGUACUCCACAGAUGGGGGAACACCUUCAGGUUACUUUUGUGAUGAAAACUGGGGACAAGAUGAUGCCAAUAUUUUGUGUGAAAGCCUUGGGUGUGGUAAAUCCAAGGAGAUUCCUAAGGAGCCAUGGAAGGGUUGGAAAGAAUUCCAAAGCUUAAAGAAGAUGACUAUCAACUGUUCGGGCAUUGAAAACGUAAAGAAUCUGUGGCAGUGUGCAACUCAGGAAACGUCAUCAUGCAAAAAUCCUGCUUCUGUCAUAUGCACAGGUUAUAACAGACUGCAACUCAAAGGAAACACAUCAAAUGUAUGUUCUGGGCAGCUGGAAAUAGAGCAAAAUGGCAACUGGAAUCCUGUUAAAAGCAACACAACCAGUCCUGAUGAGUGGUGCCAGCAAAUGCACUGUGGUGCCAAUGUCAGUCACAGUCAGGAUGACAAUGGCACAACGCUGACAUGCACAGACAAUGUUAAAGUACUUCUGAUGGACAAAGGUAAACCCAGCACGUGCUAUGGUGAGGUUUAUAUUGAAGUGAAUGCUGACAUACAUCCAGUGUGUGCCUCCAGCUGGACCAGUAAGAUUGCUCAAGUAGUUUGCAGGGAGCGAAACUGCGGGGAUGUGAUUCAUACUAAUAAAGUGGAUGCUAACAGAGUUGGGAACAUACAAGGGAUAAUGGACUAUGUGAAGUGUUCAGGCAAUGAGUCCUCACUGUGGCACUGUAGGGCCAAGCGUAACGAAAACCCUUUCUCAUGUGGUUCCAAAGCCUACGUAGUCUGUGCAGAUAGUAUUAAAGUGAGACUGAUGGACAGUCCUGGAAGAUGUGCUGGGAGAGUGGAGAUCCAGCAUAAGGGCCUAUGGGAAAGAGUCAAUAAAGAACAAUGGCACCACGACACCGCUUCAGAUGUUGUCUGCAGACAACUGGGAUGUGGGAAUAAAGCAAAUCCCAUCAGUCCUGAAAAAUUCAAUCAGGGUUCCGGUGAUUUCCUGGCUAAGACUGUAAAGUGCAAGCCAGAUGCCUUAGACAUAUCUCAGUGUCUUGGUGAGUUAAGCAGCCAACCCAUACGCAUACCCAAAGAGGCAGAGGCAUUGGGGAUAACCUGUGAGGACCACAACAUGGUAUUUCUGAAGGGAAAUGAUUCCUGUUCUGGCAUGGUGGGGGUCGCGCACGGCAUCAAAACCUACUGGCUCUCCGGGUCUAACGAGACAUGGAACCAAGAGUCUGCAAACGCAGUGUGUCGGCAGAUGCAGUGUGGGAAAGCCUCUGCACAUAACUUCAUCUCUAAAGCUGAUAUGCCGGAAGAUGUUUGGACUGAAUCAUACAACUGCUUAUCCAACUCCACAUCUCUGUUUGAAUGUGAAAAGACGACACUGCCAUCUAACCACAGUGACACUAUUGCCACUGUGAAAUGCUCAGGAGAAAUCAAAGUGAACCUGACCAAUAAGUGUUGGGGGUAUGUCAACGUUUGUGUGCAAGGGAAGUGUGGAGGUGUGUGUGCAGACACCUGGACAGAACAAAAGUCUGUGAUGCUGUGUAAAAACCUGGGCUGUGGAGAUAUAAUCCUAAAAGCCAACAACCCCAAGAAAUAUGAGGUGAUCAUAAAGAGUUUGCACACUACAGAGCAGACUACCAACCUGAACCAGUGCAACUUGGUCAAAUAUGCUGAAAAUGAUGACACCUGUAACCAAAAGCCAGCCUAUGUUGUUUGCUCAGGUAGUGUCAAGCCCAAAAUCAGCCUUUCCAGAGACAAAUGUUCUGGAAAUGUGAACAUGCACUUUGCGGGCAAUUGGCUUCCAGUGUGCAAGGAAGCUCUUGAAGACACCAAAACACAAAACACAAUCUGUGCGGAGCUGAAAUGUGGUCAGGCUGUCAGCAUGACUACCUUUGGACCUAAUUCAACAGAGAAAGUCAUUUCACAAAUACAGUGUCCUGCAAAUGGCAUGAAGUCAUUAACAGCAUGUAACAUCACUUCUAAGAAGCACUCCUGCCCUCCUGGUGUCCUCCAAUGCUCCAGCUGGAGCAAGAUGUCACUGAAAGACGGCGAGUCCUGUAGCGGAAAAGUGUAUGUUCACUCGGAGGGAAAAAUAAUUCCUGUUUCCACUGAAGGCUGGACACAAACUGAAGGGAACAGGCUUUGCCAGGAUCUGGAAUGUGGCAACUUAAAGUCAAAUAAGAAUGAUACAGGGGAUUAUAUCGAGAGCAGAAGCUUCAGCUGUCAAGGUGUAGGGAAUCCAGAAAACAUCUGGGACUGUGAAAAGCAAAACUCGAUCUCACAGCAGCAGGUCAUUGUUGCAUGUGAAGGCAAUGUCAAGUUCAACACCACAGAAAAAUGUGGAGGUCAGAUUGAAGUCAAUUAUCAAAAUAAGUGGGAAAAAGUGUGUCUCCCGGAAUCUAUUUCCUCUGAAUUUCAGGAUCAGUUGUGUGAAAAGCUUAAUUGUACUGGUGCCCUUCCUAGACUACUGAGAACUUAUAAGAAGGAAGAGGUCAACUUGGAUACAACACUGAAUUGCAGCAAAGACCACAAGGACAUCAAUCACUGUGUCCACAACAAGACUUGUCAACAAGUUCAACCAGCUGAGAUCUACUGUCACGGGUAUGUGAGGCCAACGCCUGGACCAGUGACGCCAACAACCAUCAACAUAGUGCCUAUAAUCCUGGGAGUAGGAUUCCUUCUGGUUCUGAUGAUACUGAUUGUUGUAUUUAUACGAAUCUGCAUUGUCAAGAAAGCCAAGAAUAUCUCGUCGAAAAUGUUGUCAAGAAAAGAAGUGGAGUUUGAAAGUGGCGACUAUGAGGAUGUCACGAAUGAAGCAAAUGAAUUGGAAGACUUCGUUCAUGGCAGGUUCAGAUCAGAUGCUGAAGUCAUCAUGGAGAGCGACGAACGGAGCAACGCCUCUUUUUCUUACGAUGAUAUUGAUGAAGCUGCUAAGGCUCGGCCUCUGACCUCUCAGGCCGCCACUGCUGGUGCCGCAGGAGAUAACUACAUCCACGAGCGCACCCUUGAUCUAAGCACAGAUGGGGUGACCUACGAGGUGGACGACCCACAGGAGAAUUACGACGACAUCGAAGCCAGCCCUGAAAUGACUCAGACUAAAGCUGAAGUCCACGACAGCCCCCAAACCGCACCUGAAAGCGCCGCAGCGGCACCUCCAGGGUUGGUACAGGCGGAUGAGGACUACCUGGUGCCGGGCCAAGACUGGUGAGCCAAAACUGGGUUUAGAAGCUACUUAAAUAAAAUCCAGUCUGGCAAAGUGGAACACCCCACAACCCAGCUCCCAUUUACUCUGACAAAAACUAACUCAAAAAAGUCCAGAUUCCCUACAGUAUUACCGACAAACAAUAUUACAGUAAAUAAUCUUUUUAUGCUGCAGACAUUUGCUGAAGUGGUUAAAAUAAAAUUACAAAUAAAUGUACCUCCCGGUGACAUUAAGUUAGCUUUAUCUCUUAUUUAACGCAAGUGUGUACUAUUAAAUGUACAAAGUGUUGGCCUGCCAUCAAAUCACUGGUGAGGAAAAUGAGGGGUAAAAUGUUCUUUCUCUUUAAAUGUACAAAGUUAAGAGUGAUAAGAACUUCAAUCAGAAUGCAAAGUUGCAAUUUCAUGUUUAUAUAAUUCUCUCUUUUUUUGUCUACAGUCUACUGCCUGUUGUUGAUUUUAUGGCUUUCAUGAAAUGUCCUCAAUCAUAUAUGAUUUUUUGAUUAAAAAUAGUAGAUGUAUAAAGUAGUUUAGCUUCUAUGAUUUCCGCAAUAUUUUACGAGAUUACUUUUGCAGUAGUUUGUCAAUUUAUCACUCAAUUGCAAUCCAUCAAAACACCUAUAUGAACAAAGUCUAUAGCAGUCAUAAAGCACAGAGACAGCGACAAUAAAACAAAUGUUACAUCAGUCAUACUCCUUGUGCAACACAGCUGAUACAGCAAACUCUGGUCAUAUUAAGAUUGCUUUCAUAUUGCUUUGUAUGUUUUUUUUUAAAGGAAUAGAUGCCGAGCGUUAGAUGAGAAUGUUGAUACCACUCUUACGUCUGUACGGUAAAUACUGUAUGAAGCUACAGCCAGCAGCCAUUCAGUUUAACUGACAUAAAGACUGGAAACAGGGGGAAACAGCUAGCUUGGCUCUGUCCGAAGGUCAGAAAAGCCACCCAGAAGCAUGUCUAAAGCGCACUAAUUAACACAUUAUAUCUUGUUUGUUUAAUUCACACAAAAAGUCAAAUCAACAAGUUUUACAGCGGGUCAUGUGCGAGACUAUUUCUUGACAAUGUGUUGUCUUCAGUGUUUGCACGGAUCAAACAAAUAAGAGUAUGCAGUAUAAGUCAUUAAGAUUUCAGAGUGGUAUCAAUCUUCUCAUUUAAUUCUCUGCAAGAAAGUUAAUACUGUAUGUAUACUUCCCAAACUAUUCCUUUAAACAUAUUCUCUAAAACAUUAAUAUAUAAUGUUCAGUUAGCCAUGAUUGUCAUCUUUAUUGUUUGAGUGUCUUCAACAACAACGCAGGUGUUAUAAAUUACUUACAUUUACUAAACUGAUUAAAAAAAAAAAUAAUAAAAAAACAGUUAACUGUC